GUCGUGCAGCGUCAACAGCAACAACAACAACAACAACAAAGACAUCAGCUGAGCAGCACCCGAGACGAUUCUCUGACGGAAACAAUCUCUGGGAGCGAUCGACGCAUGGCGGCGCCUUUUUUUAGUGAGCGCGCGAGCGGCAAACUGUAAACAACAGCUGCUGGCAGCGAGAAAAUACGAAAAGCAAGAAAAUCACCGCGUCAAAGCCGAAACGAACGAAAAUUACAAAACGUUGCCAACGUUUUUAACGUUGCCGCAAGCUGCUGCUAAGGCCAAGAGACCUGGAAGACGUCAGCACAUGCUGAUGCCAGUAGCUGCAGUAGAGUAGAGUAGUGCACAGAUGUAUCUUGCGGAUGCGCGAAUCUUUUGCACGGCGACAGAUAGAAUAAUUACGCAAAUACAAAUACAAAAUAAACGUAAUUGGUAACUACGCUAGUCGGAAAACUCAGAAGUGCAUAAAGCGAAUCUCUAGCGGCAUCGGCAGCGCCAUCAAGCUGAGCAACAUGCCAACUGUAAACAACGGCUCUGGCACGACAACACCCAUUGCAUAACUGGGAAUCAAGAGUAUUAUCAUUAUUUACUUCUAACAUGAGUGCUGCCUUGCUCGAUAUGACGGCUGCGCAGUCAACCAGCGUGGCGACCGCGGCGACUGCCUCCGAUGCGCGGCUCAGUGCACGACAGAAGGCGAAUAAGCGACGCAGCUACGGCGGACGCACUGCAGCCACGGCUGCCAUACAUGGACUUGGCCGCAGCAGCAUUGCCAGCGUCGGCGCCGGCCUCUAUAAAUCAUUUCGCGAGCGUUUCGGCGGCGGCGGCGGCGUCAGCGACUAUCGAGCGCUGCGACAACGCGAUGCGGAAGCGGGCAAUAUGCAGAAAGAGUUGGCCUCAAGUGACAGCUCCGAUGAGGAGAGUCUGCAAAGUAGCGGGAGCGACGGCGACAGCAGCAGCGCUGAGGAUAUAUUUACCGCUAAGCCAGAGCGCAGACAGGGGCGCAGAAAGAAACCAGAGCCCAGGGCGAGAAGAAGAAGAAGAAGAAGGAACCUGGUCUACUCCAAGGAAAAGAAACGCAGAGUGCGCAUAAUCUUGAGCAUUGUUGGUGCAGUUAUCGCGGUAGCCCUGCUGGCUACAAUGCUGGUGUUUGUCCUGGGCUCCGGUGAUACAAACGACGAUAAGCCAAAGGACAAUGCGAUCGAUCUGGAGGAUGUGCUGAGCGGUCAAUUAUAUGCAAAGCGCUUCAAUGGCAGCUGGAGCAGCGGCAACAGUGUGAUUUACAAGGAGAAUGCGGACAUUGUGGAGCUGGAUACAAAGACGCUGGUCGUCACCAAGCUGUUGGCCAAUGCGGCGCACUAUGUGCUCUACGAGAAGUCAGCAGAUGGGCAGCUGCUGUUGCUAGCAAAGAACUACAAGAAGAACUUCCGCUACAGCUUUCUGGCCCAAUACGACAUCUACAAUUUGAGCAGCAAUACCAUUAAGCCGCUGACCAUACAGAACGAGCCGGCCUAUCUGAGCAUGGUCCAGUGGUCUCCGGUGGGCAAUGGGCUGAUCAUUAACUACGAUCGCAAUUUGUAUUAUAAGAAGAGUGCUCUGGACACAGAGAUACCUAUUACGACCAAUGAACGUGGAAUUUAUCUGAACGGCAUACCCGACUGGGUGUACGAGGAGGAGGUGUUCAGCUCGAACGUGGCCACCUGGUUCAAUCCCACAGGCACCCAGAUAGCCUUCAUUCAGUUCGAUGACUCACCCACGCAUGUCAUCAACUUCCCCUACUACGGCGAUGCUGGCGAUCUACGUUUUCAGUAUCCAUUGCAUCAGGAGAUUCCAUAUCCCAAGGCGGGCUCUUCAAAUCCCCGCGUAGUGCUCUUCAUGGCCGACCUCGAGCGAGCGGCAGCGGGCAAUGAGUUCCUUACUUCGAUGCCAGUGCCAAGUGCCCUAAACACGGAAACCGACUAUAUAGUCACUGCAGUCAGUUGGCUGGAUGACAAUAAUGUCCUCUCCGUAUGGAUGAAUCGCAUUCAGAAUGCGGCCUAUGUUGUCAGCUUCGAUGGACUAAGCCGGAAGCUGCUGUAUAGCACUGAAUCAAAAACAGGCUGGGUGGAUCUCUAUACGGCGCCAUUUAAGAACCGUAAUGGCUCACGGCUGGCCUUCGUGCUGCCCCAUGAGAACUACAAACAACUGCAGCUGCUGUCCACAGACGUGAGCAAUGCGCAGCUGGAGCCACUGACCAGCGGAAAGUUUGUGGUGGACAGCAUACUCCACUGGGAUGCGACGCAUGAUGUCAUCUUCUAUACGGCCAACACAGAGGAGCAUCCAGAGCAGAUGCAUCUGUACGCCAUACGCGCUGUGACGACCCGCAAGCAGGCGGCCAAGUGUCUGACAUGCAAACUGAUGACAUCGGGUGAUGUGGAGCAGAACUACUAUACGGCCAUCUUCAAUGACAAUAAUCAAAUUGUGAUUACCUCUCUGGGACCAGGCAUACCCACAACUGCAGUGUACGAGUGGACCUAUUCGUUCUCUCAGGUGACGCUGAAAAAGCUUUUGGAUUGGGAGAAUAAUGAGGCGCUGCGCGCCAAGCUACGCGGAGUCGCGUUGCCCACACACAAAAUACUCACAGUCAACAUUGAUGGAGGAUUUCAGGCAAAGGUACUGCUCCAGCUGCCACCCAAUUUGGAUACCAGCGGCAAAACCAAAUAUCCCAUGCUGGUCGAUGUCUACGGUGGACCCGAUUCCUAUUCCGUGACAACCAAAUGGAUGAUGGACUGGGGCACCUACUUGUCCUCGAAUCAAUCUGUGAUCUAUGCCAAGAUCGAUGGGCGCGGCUCGGGCCUGCGCGGUGAAACCUUGCUGCAUGCCAUUUAUCUGCAGCUGGGCACUGUUGAAAUAACGGAUCAGAUCAGGGUCACGCAGAAUCUGACACAAAUGUUCAACUACAUCGAUGCUGAGCACAUUGGCAUCUGGGGCUGGAGUUAUGGAGGCUAUGCGGCGGCCAUGGCACUGGCUAACGAUGACACUGAAGUAUUCAAAUGCGCCGCGUCCAUUGCACCUGUCACCGAUUGGACCUAUUAUGAUUCGAUCUAUACGGAACGGUAUAUGGGUCUACCGGACACAAAUGAGAUUGGCUAUGCCAACUCGAGACUGAGCACACGCGCCCAGAAGCUGCGGGGCAAGAAAUAUUUGCUCGUCCAUGGCACAUCCGAUGAUAAUGUGCACUACCAGCAGGCCAUGAUACUGGCCAAGAAUCUGGAGCGACACGACAUUCUGUUCAAGCAAAUUAGCUAUGCCGAUGAGGAUCAUGGACUGGCCAAUGUGCGUCCGCAUUUAUAUCAUUCGCUGGACCGUUUCUUUGGCGAAUGCUUUUCCAGCAGCCGGCUGAUGAAGAGCGCCAAGUAGAGUUAUAAGCAGGAAUAAUUCUUAAAUUAUAGUUUAAACAAUUUAAAUGAUAACUUGUAAGGCUUGCAAGAAAAUUAGAGCAGAGCAAUUUAAUUGGUACUUAAAAAGUUGCAUUUCAAUUCAAAGCGUUUCAUGAUAAAUAUAUUUAAAAAAAAAAUUAAUUUAAAAAUGCUUCAGAAAUAUAGAAAGGAGAAAAUCAAACGAAUGCAGGUCCAAAAGUGUUAUAAGAUAACUUUGAACAAUAAUAUUUGAAAAUGCAUUUUAAGACAUUUUAAGCAUACAAUUGAACCGAAAACAAAAAUCAAAUAUUUAUAGACAAAUCUAAUAAAUAAUAAACUAGCUGCAGACCAUGUCUAAGCCGUAGUUAGUGCCUGUUACAAUAGAAACUUUAAAUGAUACUAAAAAAAAAAACAAAAAUAAAAACAAAAUGAAUUUCACAAUUAACGCCUAGAGUUUUGUCUAUUUUUGCGAUUUGAAAGUUUUUGUUAAACAGACAAAGAAUAAAAAAAACUAUGUAAGUUGUUUCCAGCUGAAAUUUUGAGCUUGUAGCUUCGUUGUAGUUUUAUAAUUUGCCUUAUUGUAAAAAGAAAAAUCACAGAAUUUGUAAAUAAAUAGUUGUUAAAAGGCUUUUAUAAAUUAGACGAAAAAUGUGUAUAGGCAACAGUUAAAAAGGCAAACACAAUUGAAAUUAAUAAAUAUAUUCAAA